CAUACACAUCCGGGCGGCUUCCCGCAUUGGGUUUCAUUUGGCUGACACUGCCGCUCGCCCUCUGCCAACACAGCACCCUUGACAUAUUUUGCAUAUUUAUUCGACUGCCUCCCUAGGAGGAGUUUCCAUUUUGGACGCUUCUCUUCCUUCUCCUUCGUCGUCCCACCAUUCAUCCAUGUAUCUCGCUCAGAAACUCGAUCAGAGUGCCUCGUCUGGCCUGGGACGUCUUGCCAACCAACUGUACUUCGGUUAUAAACUGUGAAGAUGAUGGUUCCUAGGGCCUUUCUGUUCAGCCCCGUCUCUCCCCUGCACGAUGGGAAGAAAAGUCAACUCUCGAAAUCCGAGAUUGACUUUGUUGCUGUGCAGGACGUCUCAGGCCUCGAGCUUCACAAGGAAAGCCCACACACCAGCCCAGUCAUUAUCCCCCCCAAACGCGGUCCUCGGGUGACCCCGGUGCAGAGAGACCCUGCGAGAAAGGGUCCAAAGACUCUCAGAGGUGCAAAGACUACCCAUAGAGCAUCGUCGGCAGCCUCGGGUGACCGUCAUGUACCUACUUCUAUUGCUUCGAUAUUGGAAGCCACCGCCAUCCCGGUGCCUCGACGCAAGCGCAAUGCUCGAGAGCCUCGAAAAAUACCCCAAGGCAAUCAUGUACAAGAUUUCAGCAAGUUGUUGUUAGAAGGUGUCAAGUCUAGAGAUGAUAGCUUAAUGGAGAGUACGGGCAACACCAUGCUCGACAUCCUCCUUAGCCCGCCUGAAGAUAAUGACCGGUUCGCGAGUGGAAGCAAUUGUGAUAGCGAUAGCGAAGCGCCAUCAUUAUCCGCCCAUUCUCUGUCUAUCGAGUCGGUCCCAUCGUUGGACGCGGAAUUCGAGUCGCCAUCUGGGUCUCCCAUACCCUCUACACCUUCUAGCCAACGAAGCCCGUGCGAGAGACGAUACCUACGCCUGUCGCAGUAUGAAAGUUGUGCUUUAGACCAUCCCUUAUUAGAGGACGAACUAUCAGACUCCGAAUGGGAGGCUGUGCAGCAGCCUGCCUUCCUGGACAGCACUCCAGCGAAAUCUUCACCAUCUCGAUCCUUCCCACGGCUAGGGUCCACUUUCAAGUCCAACCUCACUGCGUCACUGCGAGCAAUAAAAUCUGCGGCACAGACAGUUUCAACGUUCGCUACGCCCUCGGUUCAGCCCGAUGAUUUCCUCACUCGGUCUCUUCUUACGAUCACACCGAAGAUGACGGAUGACCGUCGGCCUCCGCCCAUGAACGAACCACCUUCUCCGGCGCUCCGGCGCUAUUUCAAUCCUGUUACGGUUUCACCCGCAGAAAUUUAUGCUUAUCAGGAGCACCCACAUGAAAACCUUGACACUAGCAAUUGCCCCGUUUCCGUGCAGAUGCAGACCUAUCACCGGUCGGGAAAACGGGGCUCUCGAAAGAGUCGGUUCCACUUGUCGGGGUCGAAGGGUCGUGGUCGAUAUUCUUCUCCUUUCGAUCCGGAGGUCCCACCGAUGUCCCGCCAGCGCGAACCCCGGGAAAACAGUGACUUUUUGCGCACAGUCGUUAUGGAAAUGAACAUGAGACGCAGCGGCAAGCUCCGGGACGACAUUCCUACACGGGCACGAGUUUGGCUACCACCUCGCAAGGACAAUCAAACCCGAAACAGCCCUUACGAUUAUUACGAAGACGAAGAAGAACAUGCCAUUCCAUCUAGAUGGGUUGGGAUCUCCGCUGACAGCAUGUGAUAUCCACACUCUUAGUGUUCAGUUCACAUAUAGGAGGCAUUGGAAUAUUCCCUUCAUUAGCGCAACGCAUGGUGCGAUGAUUCCCCUUUUCUCGCAUCUCACUUUCUUUUUCAAUUUUCUUUGUCUUUUUAUUUUUAUUUUCUUUUGUGUGUGUGUUCUUAAGUUCUCUGGGCUAUAUUGGCUAUUGUAAAUAUUGAGCGACCUACAUUUUGCAUUUUGGGCAUACAGACUGGAGCGAAGGCGUUCAGGGAUCUUUGGAUGGUCAAGACCAACCAGACUUGCUUACAAACCUGUACUCCACA